AUUGGAAGUUCUGUCCGACAAAAUAUAUGUGACGUUUUCGUAGUCUGACAUUUGAAACCUGUAACCUGUUCCACAAUUAAAACCUCCCCUAUUCCACUGUUCCCGUACAUUGAAGUUUGUCCGACUAGACACCAUUAAGCUAUUAACACAUUUUCAACUUGCUAUUAAUAAACUUUUUUUGGUACGCGGGAUGCAAGCAUAUUAUGUUAUCGUGUAAAGACCUAUUAAAGAUACCAAUAUCAGUAGUCACACCAAACAAAUUGUUAUCGCUAAACUUCAGAAAAAUAAACUGUUAUCCAAAAUUAUCAUUGUUAUUUAGUGUCGAAAGAAAUAUUUUAAGUCAUAAUUAUCCGAUUGAUUUUUUAAUGGUAAUUGGAGUAAAUAAAAGUGAAGAUGGCGUUUGUUUCUCGACUUAAAGAUGAAGAAAAUUUUAUCAAAGAGUUUGAGGAACUAUCCAAAAAUUAUAGCUGUACGGACCUUGGUCUAGGCUAUCCAAACUACUUGCCACCCAAUUUUGUCACAAAAGCCCUCUCUGAUGUUCUUUCUGCAAAUCAUGUUGAAGAUCAUCAAUAUACCAGUCCUAAUGGACUACCAAGAUUUACUGCAGCGCUAUCCAAAACAUAUUCCAAACUAAUUAGUAGACAUUUAGAUCAAAAUUCAGAGAUACUGGUAACAGCAGGUUCCACUGAAGCCUUGUUUUGUGCUAUAAUGAGUGUAGUAUCGCCAGGAGAUGAAGUUAUUAUUAUUGAACCAUAUUUUUCGUAUUUUUUGACACUAGUAAAGUUGGCUGGAGGAAUUCCAAAAACGCUGCAAUUGAAAAUUUCAAACACCGAAAAUCCCACCUCUGAAAAUUGGGAAUUCGACGAAGAAGAACUGAGUGGGCUAAUUAGCAACAAAACAAAAGCAAUAAUUGUAAAUACUCCACAUAAUCCCACAGGAAAAGUUUUCAGCAUUGAGGAGCUUACUGCCAUCGCCGAGUUUUGCAAUAAAUGGGAUCUUAUCUGCAUAUCUGACGAAGUUUAUGAAAGAAUGGUUUUUAAACCCAAAACGCACAUUAGAAUAGCAUCUUUACCAGGCAUGUUCGAAAGAACAAUCACUAUUGGAGCUGCUGAAAAAUGUUUUUCAGUCACUGGGUGGCAAAUCGGUUUCACAUACGGGCCACCUACUCUGAUCAAAAACAUGCAAAUUUUGCAUCAGUAUGCCGUUUAUAAUGCUAGUACACCAUUACAGGUAGCUUUCGCCAAAUUGUUUGAAAAAGAAUAUAGUAAGACUAACCAACCUGAUUCUUAUUUCGAAAGUUUAGAAAAAGAUUUAAGAGAAAAACGUGAUUUUAUAGUCGAUUGUUUAAGAAAGAAUCAUUUUAAACCAAUAGUGGCAGAUGGAGGCAUGUAUGUAAUGGCCGAUAUUUCAGACCAAGCAUCCAAAACAGAUCUAGGUAAUGAAGAAGGCGAAUUUGUGGACCAAAAGUUUGUUAAACGCCUAAUGAAGCACCAUUCUCUGCAAUUGUUUCCAGUAACCGUAUUUUGCACUCCAGAAAAUAGAAAAUAUUACGAAAAUUAUGUUAGGAUAUGUUUUGUUAAAUCAAAAACAACUUUAGACGACGCAAAAGAGAAGCUGAACAAAUUUGAAGAAUUGGAGAAAAAUUCUUAGAACCAAAACUAAUUCGUGAGACACAAAAAAUGUUUAAUUAUAGAUAAUUUUUUAUAUCUGAUUAUAUUUUAAUUUGAAUAAAUAAAAUGUUUUAUGUUUUAACAAAAUUGCUAAGAUAGGUAAAUUGUUAUUGUAUACCGGGUGUACCAACUACCAAUAAAACUGUGUUUUUUCUCAAAGUUCGCAUCGCACUAUGGAAUAUUCUAGCAUUUAUAAAAUACUGAAAUUAAAACCUAACUAUAACCCCAUGUUUUCUUAA